ACUUAGCAACAACAGAGACCGGCUAUACCAGCGAAUCAUUUCCGGUUAGCGUGUUACUCAAUAUCGCGAAAGCUUUCGAACUGAAAAUAGAUAUAUAUUGUAAAUAUUCUUUAUAUUCUGUAAUAGUCAUCAGGAUAUGAACAUAAGUCACUAUCCAAGGGCACAACAAUCCCACCGAAAAGUACUUAUCCUAGGCGCUGGUCUGUCUGGAAUUGUUGCUGGAAAAACCUUGCUGGACAAUGGUAUUGACGAUUUCUUGAUUCUUGAGGGUCAGGAUUAYAUUGGAGGUAGAAUAAAACAGGGAACUUUUAGUGGAUUUAACAUUGAGGAAGGAGCGAAUUGGAUUCAUAGUGCUGAAGACGAAGAAACAAAACCAAUUUGGAGAUUAAAAGGGGAUGAAAAUAUUUCUGGAGAAUGGACGAAUUACUUUGACUUCAUUAUAAGAAAUGAAAGAGGUGAAGACGUCACAAAGACGGAGGACAUUCACAAUUUACAGCAAUGUUUGAAUCAAAUAAACGUUGACGACGACCAAGGGGAUGUAUCAGCGCGUGAUGGUUUACGGAACUUGGGCUGGGACCCGUCGACSCCUGCACAAAUGGCCCUGGACUACCUAUUCACAAACUAUGAAUAUGGUCGAAAUCCAGAAAACUUCUCGUUUGAAGACUUUUAUAUACCGAAUAAUGAGUUCUUUAUAACGGAUCAACGUGGGGUGAUGGCUGUGUUUAGUAGUUUAUUGUCAAAGGUUGAAUCGAAGAUCARGCUGAAGAAAGGAGUCGAAAAGAUUGCGUAUAGUUCUACAAGCGUUGAGGUAACCACUUCAGAUGGAGAUGUGUACACAUCGGACUACGUGAUUUGUACAUUCAGUACAGGAGUUCUUGCCAGCAACAUGGUGAAAUUUCUUCCACCAUUACCAAAGUGGAAGCAGGACGCAAUAUCACAAGCCCCUAUGACAGUUUAUACCAAGAUCUUUUUAAAAUUUGAUGAGAAAUUCUGGGAUAACAACGAAUAUAUGUUACUGGCAAGUAAAAAACGAGGAUUUUAUCCCGUGUUUCAAAAUUUAGAAAGUCCUGGCAAGUUUCCCAAGGGUAGYGGGAUGCUGUUAAUUACAGUAACAGAAGAUGAAGGAAGAAGAAUUGAAAAACAAUCUUUUGAAGAAACUAAAGAAGAGAUUGUGAAAAUGUUGAGAGGAGUUUAUGGACCUGAUGUACCAGAACCGACAGACAUUUUCUAUCCACGGUGGUCAACYAAUCCAUUCAUACGUGGUGCAUWUUCUGAACCCUUAGUGGGYCGAACAGAUCAACAAGCUGAAGAUCUCAGUAAAAAUGUAGAAAAUUUGUACUUCGCUGGCGAAGCAACAUCAGAAUGGCACGGGUAUAUGCAGGGUGCUUAUUUAAGUGGAGAAGAAAAGGCGAAAAUAAUAGCAAAAUUAAUACAAUGUACAGAUAGCGAUUUUCUGUGUUUGCAAACAAUUUUAAAUUCGAAUCUAAUGAACUGAAUCGAUUUAUCAAACCAGAGUAGAAAUAUUUUGCGAUUCAAUAUUUAUUAGAUAUUGUUAUUAUUUUAUUGAAGAUUUUAUCAAAUUGAGUCUAUAAAAUAAAUAUAUUUUGAAUAUC